CUGUUAGGCGAUUGGCUGCCGCCGGCCCGCUCUCCUUCGCUCCUUGGCGCCGGCUUUCGCUCGCUUCGGGGGGAACCGAGGGGAGGGAGGGAGAUAACGGAGGGCCCAGCGGAAGCUUUGCCGCUGAUAGGCCAGCGGCCCGCCGGAUCGCAGAGGCAUACACACACACGUGUCGAACCCUAUUCAGGCUGAGACAGCGCAGGUCCGUGGCGGGUCGGUCAGCCGGUUUCCUCCUCCCCUCCGCGGUCCCCCAGGGAGCGCUGUCGCCUUGGCGCCCGCGAUAUCAAGCGUGUGGCGUUGCUGCUUCCAGCCGUCCCUGAGACUUCGGGAGACGAACCGAGGGUGCUCCUUGUCUGCGGGGUCGUGAGAAACGAAAGGACUUCAUUGAACCAGCCAGAACCGCAAGGAGGUCUGUUCCGGUCCGCAUUGUCGCCGCCCGAGGAAAAGCAGAAGCCAUGGAAGCAAAAUCUUCGCGCGCGUCCUCCCCGCCGCCCCGCUCCGGCUCGCCGAAGCUUAAAGCUGCAGCGGAGGCAGAGAGAGAAGGAGGAGGAACCGCCGAUGCAGCAGCAGCCACAGGCGCGGAGGAAGUAUCUCCUCUGCCGGCGAGUGACGGGGAUGCGCCGACUGGCACGGGCGACUCCUCGUCGGAGCCAGGGAGCGCCUUGACUCUUGCCUCUGCAGCCUCUGGAGAUGGGCUCUGCAGACCUCUGGGUCCGACGCCCAGCCAGAGCCGCUUUCAGGUGGACCUGGUGGCAGAAAACCUGAGUCGGGCGGCCAUGGCAGAAGAGUCGAAGAAGACUGAAGGGGGCCCCGAAGUCCCCGGUGAUGGGCAUAAGAAAAGCAGUGAGGAAGCAAAAGGCCGGUUCAGGGUGAAUUUUGUGGACCCCUCUGCUGGAGACGAUAGCUCUGGUGAACUUGGAGGUGGCGGCCCAGAAGGCUGCAGUGUCAGCUUCCAGAAUGGUGGUGACACGGUUCUGAGUGAAGGGAGCCUACAUUCCGGGGGAGGACACCAUCACUACUAUUAUGACACUCACACGAACACGUACUAUCUGCGCACCUUCGGCCACAACACCAUCGAUGCCGUGCCGAGGAUAGACUAUUAUCGGCAUACUGCUGCUGGUCUAGGAGAGAAACUUAUUCGGCCCAGCCUCGCAGAGUUGCAUGAUGAGCUGGACAAGGAGCUAUUUGAAGAUGGCUAUGCAAAUGGAGAAGAAGGAACUCCUACUGGAGAAGCCACUGCAGCAUAUACUGCUGAUAGUAAAGGGAUUGUCAAAUUUGGUUGGAUUAAAGGUGUAUUGGUACGAUGUAUGUUGAAUAUCUGGGGUGUGAUGCUCUUCAUUCGACUAUCCUGGAUUGUAGGACAUGCUGGCAUAGGACUUGCUGUCUUGGUUAUUGCAAUGGCCACUGUUGUAACUACUAUCACUGGCUUGUCUACAUCAGCAAUAGCUACCAAUGGUUUUGUGAGAGGAGGUGGUGCAUAUUAUCUCAUUUCCAGAAGCUUGGGGCCAGAAUUUGGUGGUGCUAUAGGCUUGAUCUUUGCAUUUGCUAAUGCUGUUGCCGUAGCCAUGUAUGUAGUUGGUUUUGCAGAGACUGUUGUUGAUCUACUUCAGGAACAUGGCCUAGUUAUGCUGGAUGCAAGUAAUGAUAUCAGAAUUAUAGGAGCAAUUACAAUUGUUGUUUUAUUAGGCAUCUCGUUAGCAGGAAUGGAAUGGGAAGCUAAAGCACAGAUUGUUCUGCUGGUGAUAUUACUGGUAGCUAUCGUUGACUUCAUCAUAGGAACAUUUAUUCCAUUUGAGAACAAGAAGCCUAAAGGAUUUUUUGGUUACAAAGCUGAAAUAUUUUCAGAAAACUUUGGACCAGAUUUCCGAGACGAACAAACUUUCUUUUCAGUAUUUGCUAUAUUUUUCCCAGCUGCAACAGGCAUUUUAGCUGGUGCAAAUAUCUCAGGUGAUCUUGCGGAUCCUCAAUCAGCCAUACCUAAAGGGACACUGCUAGCCAUCUUAAUCACUACAGUGGUUUACAUAGGAGUAGCAAUAUCAAUAGGUUCCUGUGUUGUUCGGGAUGCCACCGGGAACCUUAAUGACACAAUUAUUAAUGAGCUGACAAACUGUACAUCAGCAGCUUGUAAACUGAAUUUUGAUUUCUCUUCCUGUGAAACAACAAAAUGUUCUUAUGGGCUAAUGGAAGACUUCCAGGUAAUGAGCAUGGUAUCAGGAUUUGCCCCACUGAUAACAGCUGGUAUAUUUUCUGCAACUCUUUCUUCAGCAUUAGCCUCUCUAGUCAGUGCACCUAAAAUCUUUCAGGCAUUGUGCAAAGACAAUAUCUAUCCAGGUUUUCUGAUGUUUGCUAAAGGCUAUGGGAAAAAUAAUGAACCUUUACGAGGGUAUCUUCUCACUUUUUUGAUUGCUCUUGGAUUCAUAUUAAUUGCUGAAUUGAAUUUAAUUGCUCCAAUUAUCUCCAAUUUCUUCUUGGCUUCCUAUGCUUUAAUUAAUUUUUCCGUGUUCCAUGCUUCACUGGCAAAAUCACCAGGCUGGCGUCCUGCUUUUAAAUACUACAACAUGUGGGUAUCUCUAGUUGGAGCAAUUCUCUGCUGCAUAGUCAUGUUUGUCAUUAACUGGUGGGCAGCACUCCUCACAUAUGUUAUUGUUCUAGGACUCUACAUUUAUGUAACUUACAAGAAGCCAGAUGUGAACUGGGGUUCCUCAACUCAAGCUUUGACUUACCUGAGUGCUUUGCAGCAUGCUGUCCGCCUUACUGGUGUGGAAGACCAUGUAAAAAAUUUCAGGCCACAAUGCCUUGUCAUGAGUGGUGCUCCAAACUCACGUCCAGCUUUGCUUCAUCUGGUCCAUGCCUUCACCAAAAACGUAGGAUUGAUGAUCUGUGGUCAUGUACAUAGGGGUCCCCGCAGACAAGCCAUGAAGGAAUUGUCAGCUGACUUGGCCAGGUACCAACGGUGGCUUAUUAAAAACAAAAUGAAAGCAUUUUAUGCUCCAGUACAUGCAGAAGACAUGAGAGAUGGUGCCCAGUACUUAAUGCAAGCUUCAGGUCUAGGAAGAAUGAGGCCAAAUAUUCUUGUUCUCGGAUUUAAGAAGGAUUGGCAGUCAGCUGAUAUGAAUGAUGUUGACAUCUACAUCAACUUAUUUCAUGAUGCUUUUGACUAUCAGUAUGGAGUGGUUGUCAUCCGUCUGAGGGAAGGUUUGGACAUAUCUCAUCUUCAGGGACAAGAAGAAUUAUUGUCAUCCCAAGAGAAAUCACCAGUAACCAAAGACAUUAUAGUAAAUGUGGACUACAGCAAGAAGACUGAUACGGUAACUUCUAAGCCUGUUAGUGAAAAAGGACCUAUUCAUAAAGAAGAAGAAGAAGAUGUCAAGACUACAACACAGCCACUUUUGAAAAAAGAUCCUAAGGGCCCGUCUGUUCCUCUGAACUUGGCCGAUCAAAAGCUGCUUGAUGCAAGUUUCCAAUUUCAGAAAAAACAAGGCAAAAAUUACAUUGAUGUUUGGUGGCUCUUUGAUGAUGGGGGCUUAACACUUUUGAUUCCAUAUCUUCUGACAACCAAGAAAAAAUGGAAAGACUGCAAGAUCAGGGUGUUCAUUGGUGGAAAAAUAAAUAGAAUCGACCAUGACAGAAGAGCGAUGGCAACAUUGCUUAGCAAAUUUCGGAUAGACUUUUCAGAUAUCAUGGUUCUUGGCGAUAUCAAUACAAAACCAAAGAAAGAAAACAUUGCAGCCUUUGAAGAAAUGAUUGAGCCAUUCAGACUUCAUGAAGAUGAUAAAGAGCAAGAUGUUGCAGACAAAAUGAAAGAAGAUGAACCUUGGAGAAUCACAGAUAAUGAAAUUGAGCUAUAUAAAACCAAGAGUUACCGUCAGAUUAGAUUAAAUGAAUUACUGAAAGAACAUUCAAGCACAGCUAAUCUAAUUGUUAUGAGUUUACCAGUUGCACGAAAAAGUGCAGUAUCGAGUGCAUUGUACAUGGCCUGGAUAGAAGCUCUUUCAAAAGACCUGCCACCCAUUCUCCUUGUCCGUGGAAAUCAUCAAAGUGUUCUUACCUUCUAUUCAUAAACUCUCUUGUGCAAGAUGCAACGGGGAAGAAAUGGUACUUCAGUGCCUAGAGGAAAGGGACUGGAACGUUCGAUUAAAAUAUUAACCUCAUACAGAGGCAGAAAGUGAUAACUUUCUCACUAUUCCCCUGACUCAAAAGCACAUAAGGAAAGUCACUAUACUCCUAAAGUUGUGGAAGUUCCAUUUUUUUUCUAAUUCUUCUGUAAUUUAAUCUUGCUAAAUGGGGGAGGAUUCCUUAGUAAAGAAUAAAUAAACCGGUUUUUCUUUGCUACUUGAAAGGCAGCAAUAAAAGUGUUUAUUUUUGAUCAAUGAAUGGGUUAUAGAUUUAUAAAAACCUUUUAGCCUUGAGGUGCCUUCUGAAGUUAACCAAAUUUCAUCCAUAUAUCGUUUUGUAAAUUUAUAAAGUCAGUCUGCCAUUGGUUAAAACUUUAGAUCAGACUUCCUUUAGUUUCUAGACUCUUCCAUCUUACAAUAAUAAAGAUGCUGCAUUCUGGUCUUCCAUGAAGGUAUUAGUUUGGACUGUUGUAUGUUUCUUACUGUUUGGAACAAGGGGUUGUGUGUCUGUGGUCUGUGUAUGUGUCUGUUUAAGAGACUGGUUAGACCUAAGAAAUAAGUGGGAUGACUUGGCUAUGAUAAUAAAGUCAAAUUCAUGCAGUUAGCAUUGAGGACUUUGUAAUGUUUAAUUUUUACUACUGAAAGAUGUACUUAAUGGGGAACUACUGAUGUUCUCCGAUUCCACCCCGUCCUGUUUUCCCUGUGCUCCUAUGACAGAAGAUUAACCAAACAAAUUUUAUUGUGCAACUCCGUUGUCAAAGGGUGCUUUUGUCACAGGAUGCCAUCGGCGUUGGGACUGAUACUGUGUGUGUUCUUUUGGGGGGCACCAUAUGGAUAAAGAGUAGUUCUGUGGGACCAUGUUUUGUCCAGGGCAUCCAAGGGCAGUUUAUUUAAAAUCUGCUAAAACUCUUGCUAAACACUCAGGUUUGGUUCUCUUGAGCUUUUUAAUUUGAUAAGAUGGUGUAUUCCAGAACUGCCCAUUUGUGUGCCCUCUGUUUAUGGAUGGGUAUAUAUUUCAAUUGCUUUAUAUUUUUUUAUUCUAUGAACUGCUUCCUGAAGAAUCUCUUCAGGCUUUAUCCAAUAAAUAGUAACAACGCUUAUACCUGUUACCUGUAGAUUGCCUAAAAUAUGUUUCAACUUUUGGCUUUAAUACAGAGCGCCAUAUUAGAUCAAAGAUCUAUAAUUUCAGAGUUUGUAAGUGAAUACAUAGCAUAUAAAAACACAGCUUUCUUGCUAAGUGAGAUCAAAAUCUGUGAACAAAUAAUUGUUUUGGAAGAUCUGGUUAUUGGGACAACAGGAUUCUUGCAUAUUGUAAUUACCUUCAGUAACCAACUGCUCUAAUGCUGAUUGUUUUUUUUCCCAGAAGUGCAAUACAUGUUGGCUGCCACAUAGAGUAAUUCAUUGCCAGGAUAUAUUUUUCAAAGGAAAUUGGAAGUUUAUAAUAGUUUGUUGUUACUUUUUAAAAAAAUCACAUUGCAAAUAGAGUAUUGAUUACUACCAGAUUGGUUGAUUGUUGCUGUGAUGAGAGAGGAUGUAAAAUUACUCAGUGAGGCUGAAUUUCCUUUCCUUUCCCUUGUUUUGUUAAGUGCAGACUUAGAAUAGGAUAGAAAACAAUGUCACCCUCCAGAGGAAAUGCACUUGGGCAUGUAGUAGUUUGGCCCAUUCAGGGCAGCCAUUAUUUGUGAUGUGCAAAAGAAAGGAAUUGCAUUUCUGUCUGUGUGGUGGCUGAAAUAAUUAUUUUAACAUUUGGAUCUAUUAAUGGUACCAAAUGUAGUCUGUGACUUAAAAGUUCUUUAUCCAAUAUUAGAAAUUCCAAAUGCCAAAUCCUGAUUAUAACAUUAAAGCUC